AUGAAUCACAGACACUGUCACACUCUGAGGCUGACUGGACCCCCACGAGAGCACGUGACUUUCCCCCAGCCAAUGAAAAGCGGCUGGGUUCUACCUGUGUGUCUGUGACCAAUGAGAGAUGAUAGUGAGUGAUAAAAGUGUGAAGAAUAAUAGGCUGAUUUCAACAAGUUCUCGGGACAGGCCUUCAAGUCUCUCAAUAGCUUGCAUGGGCCCGCGGCGGACCGACUCAAAUGACUCUAAACUAUUACCCCACGGAGAGAUUCAUACCUGCUGUGCUUUUGCAAGUCAGAAAUGUGUGUAUGCUAAAACAUGGGCCCUCGUCAGCGUGAAGAUAUUACUCGAUGGACAAAGGCUCUCCUUCUUCUGUACCUGACUUUGGAGAUCCGCGUGGUAGCGAGUUGGAUGUACCUCGGUGUGGCGUCCCUGGCGGGGGCACUUCACGACGACUCCUGCAACGACCUCCCUGGGCUUGUUGUCCAACAGCAAGAAGUGUGUCGCAAGAACCCCCAAUCCCUGUUGUGUAUCAGUGACGGGGCUCGACGGGGGAUUCUGGAGUGCCAGAAACAGUUCAAAUACGAGCGCUGGAAUUGCACUGCCCGGAUCAGGAACAACACAGUAUUUCAAACAGUCCUCAAGAAAGGUACACGGGAGACAGCCUUUAUUUACUCGAUCCUGAGUGCAGGCGUGGUGCACGCUGUGACGAUGGCCUGCUCCGCCGGGAACUUGACUGACUGCUCAUGUGAUAUGUCCAAUUACGGAGAGGCCGAUGUCGACGGUUGGAAGUGGGGCGGCUGUAGCGACAACAUCAACUACGGAAUAUGGUUCAGUCAAAAGUUUGUGGACGCCCCGGAUAAAACCAGACAUAAAGAUACCUGGGAUAUCAGGAAUAAGAUGAACCUGCACAACAAUGAAGUCGGUCGGAAGGCGGUGGAGACUUUGAUGAAACAGAAGUGUCGCUGCCAUGGUGUGUCCGGCUCAUGCGCAGUGAAGACAUGUUGGAGAGGGCUACCAACGUUCCGAGAAGUUGGAAAUGUGUUAAAAAACGGAUAUGAAGGAUCUGUUCGACUUGCAUCUAGGUCCAGGAAAAGGUUACGUCGCCGUGACAAGUCUAAGCGUAGAGUGCCUAUAACCGCCACAGAACUAGUAUAUAUGCACAAAUCUCCCAACUACUGCCGGAAAGACCUAAAGCGGGGAAUUCUGGGUACCAAUAGUCGACUGUGCAAUCGAACGUCGAUGGGUUCUGACAGUUGUGAUCUUCUAUGCUGUGGGCGUGGCUAUAACACCCAGGUCGUUACAUAUGUAGAACGAUGUCAUUGUAAGUUCUUCUGGUGUUGCUACGUUGAGUGUAAGACCUGUGAGACGGAAAUUGACCUAUAUACGUGCAAGUGAUGCGCUUACUCCCUACAUGUGGCUUAAUUCAAAACGGGUCCACCAUGGUCCAGUAUGGAGAUGGUAGCUUGGUGUGUUCAAGAACGGAUUCAAGUGCAAUUACAGGAAGGGAGACGGCAAUACAUGAUAUACAGGAAAUGACGUUGGAUCAUGUGACAAGCGGAAGAAUACCACGUGAUAUGUGCCGAUUCUUGUGAUUGCAGAGGAAGAUUCUGUAACAUAUUCGCAAGGAACCCUGGGUAGUUUUGUAAAACGCUAUGACUGUGGUUACUGAACUGAUAUUAGAAAAUGCAGAAACACGAUAUUUAUGCAAAAUAUUCUUGUUGCCUCAGGUCGUUGCGAGUGAGACUCACUUUAGCAAUACGUUUGUUGUAGGCGCGUAACAUCCCAAACUCGACGACAACCUGAUCGUAUAACAAUGCAUAUUUCAUACUCGGACAAAACCAUUGACACAUGGUACGUUGUGUCGACAUAGUUUAUGUCUCUGUUCAGUAGACCCGGAUGUGGGACGAAGAAACAAUUUGGAGAUUAUUUGAUAUUUCCCGUCGUACCUUUCUACCGGAUGUUGUGUGUCCGAGUCAGCUGUAAUAUAAUUGUGUGUAGUCCUGUGUUACGAUGUUCCCAGCAUGCUAUUUAUUUCACAAGAUGUAAACAUUCUAUUCAAUCAUUGUUAAUAUUUCAAGUGUCCUCCGGCUCCGGCUGUAUGUUUUACGUCACCUUGGCAAAUCAUAUUAUAUAUUGCCUGUAAAUAGAGCUCAAUAUAGAAAAAUUAAAUGUUCGUUAUCGUU